CUUUCACAUCUGAGUUCUGACGAGUGACGACAUCUCUCUCCAAUCUCUCUUCUAUCUCUCUAGUGCCGAACGCUCACUCUUAAGUCUCUCUCUCUAACCAAGAAGGAUGCAAGCCAUAUCGAGGCGAUUAGGGCACCAAUCGCUGAAGCCAGCUGCUUCACUAUCUUCUUUCAAGUCAAUUUAUCCGCUCUCCGAUCACCAUUAUGGAGCUGAUCAUCCACGACACGCGUCCUCUCUCGCUGCCAAAGGUGUAGGCCACCUUAUACGCAAGGGAACCGGUGGCAGAUCCUCUGUCAGUGGAAUUGUUGCUACGGUGUUUGGAGCAACGGGGUUCCUGGGUCGAUAUGUUGUGCAACAACUUGCAAAAAUGGGUUCUCAAGUGUUAGUUCCUUUUAGAGGUUCCGAGGAUAGUCAUCGCCACCUCAAGUUGAUGGGUGAUUUGGGUCAGAUAGUACCAAUGAAAUACAACCCAAGAGAUGAGAAUUCUAUCAAGGCUGUAAUGGCAAAGGCUAAUGUUGUUAUUAAUCUUAUUGGAAGGGAUCAUGAGACAAGAAACUACAGUUUUGAGGAAUUGAACCAUGGCAUGACUGAGCAACUCGCAAUGAUUUCUAAAGAACAUGGAGGUAUCAUGAGAUUUAUUCAAGUUUCUUGCUUAGGAGCAUCUGCAUCAUCCCCAUCAAGAAUGCUAAGAGCUAAGGCUGCUGGAGAGGAAGCUGUUUUGAGGGAAAUGCCUGAGGCAACAGUCAUGAAACCUGCUGUGAUGAUUGGUACAGAGGAUCGGAUCUUGAACCGGUGGGCCCACUUUGCAAAAAAAUAUUCGUUUCUUCCACUCAUUGGAGAUGGAUCUACCAGAAUCCAACCUGUAUAUGUUGUUGAUGUUGCUGCUGCAAUUAUUGCAGCCUUGAAAGAUGAUGGAAGCAGUAUGGGGAAAGUAUAUGAGCUUGGUGGGCCAGAAAUCUUUACUGUGCAUGAAUUGGCAGACCUUAUGCAUGACGUGAUUCGUGAAUGGCCUCGAUAUGUAAAAGUUCCUUUUCCCAUUGCCAAGGCACUUGCAACACCACGAGCAGUAUUAAUUAAUAAGGUUCCAUUUCCAUUACCCGCUCCAAAAAUCUUCAACCUGGAUGAGAUCAAUGCCCUUACUAUCGAUUCAGUUGUGUCAGAAAAUGCUUUAACAUUCAAUGAUCUUGGGAUUGUACCGCAUAAGCUGAAGGGAUACCCUAUUGAGUUUCUCAUCUCAUAUCGUAAGGGUGGCCCACAAUUUGGUUCUACAAUCAGUGAAAGGGUUUCCCCUGAUUCUUUCCCAUAAGAUUCUUUGAUCUUUCAUUUUGAAAUGUUUAUGGUCCAUCACCUAUUUGGAAACUUGGAACACACAUGUCACCAUCGGUUUCUUGAGGGAACUAAGACAUGGUCGAAAUGACACUGUUUUCACGGUGAAAGAAACAUUCAUCUGAAUAAACCAUGUUUUACUUGGGAUAUUGCAGCUGUAUCGUUUAUAAAGUUUAUGAAGUUCAUAAUAA